UGUUUGUUUAAAGCGGUCUUUUUAGUCGUCCGCAGAUGUCCCUAGACUGUUGCUCAUAUCAUCUAUACUAUCACAUACCAUUGAUAAUAGAUCUAUUCUCAAUGCUUGUACACUUUUGUGUUCAGACACCGGCUUUUUCUGGCUGCUAACAAUCAGUGCUAAUCUCAAAUAUUGUCAGUAAUUCAGACAACAGUGGCAUUAAAAAGCCACGAGCAUUUCGUCAUGACUCGUGUAUUUUGCGUGUGGUGCAUCCGCUCUGUUGUCCCCAAUUUCAAGCAACACUUCGUAAAUCAUCUCCUGGUCGGCAAUCGAGGGUUUGGUGUUGAUAGUCAUUCUCUGGUUUACAACGACGAGGUGACGGAAGCCAAGAAAAACGAUCGCCCCAUUGUUGCCUUGGAAUCGACCAUAAUUACACAUGGAAUGCCUUAUCCUGAUAAUAUAGAAACCGCCUUACGAGUUGAAGAUAUAAUCAGAAAGCAGGGAGCAUGUCCUGCAACAAUUGGUAUUUUGGGUGGAAGAGUAUGCGUAGGUAUUGACCAAAAUGGAUUGGAGAAACUUGCUUCAACGGAAAGCGCAAAGACUGUGAAAUGUUCACGAAGAGACUUCCCCUUUGUUAUUGCAAAUAGGCUUAACGGGGGGACUACAGUCAGCGGAACGAUACUGGUUGCAAAUCUUGCUGGUAUCAAGAUUAUGGCUACAGGGGGUAUUGGCGGGGUACAUCGAUUUGCUGAAACAACAUUUGAUAUCAGUGCUGAUCUAAUAGAGCUAGGACGUACACCAGUCGCAGUUGUUUGUGCUGGCGUAAAGGCUAUUCUUGAUAUUCCCAAGACUCUAGAGUUCUUAGAAACUCAAGGAAUACCUGUGGUGACUAUAGGAGAAGAAAAAACAUUUCCUGCCUUUUAUUGUCGCAAGACUGUUGAUAAUAUCCAAUCCCCUUAUCAAGUUUCAACUCCGGAGGAUGCAGCAAGUCUUGUCAAAGCACAAAGAGAGCUUGCAUUUGCUGGUGGAAUAUUGUUGGCAGUACCAAUACCUCUGGAACAUAGUCUCGAUCCUGCAGAAGCCGAAGCUGCAAUACACGAAGCCUUGAAGGAUGCUGCCCAGAAAAAUAUUAAAGGGAAAGAUACUACUCCGUUUCUUCUACAGAGGCUCAACGAACUUACUGCUGGAAAAUCUCUUCAUUCUAAUAAAGUGCUUAUCGAAAAUAAUGCCAGAGUCGCGGCAAAGAUCGCGGUUCAUUUAUCCGUGCGGAAGAUCGAAGAUAAUCGAAGCACGAGCGUUCAGUCCACCGUAGACGUUAAGAAGACCGGGCCUAUAGUUAUUGGUGGAGCAAUUUUUGAUACAAUAGUUCAGUUGACCGAGCCAACGAUAAAUAUGUUUGACGGAGGAACGCACAAUGGAACGAGCCGUGAGAGUUGUGGAGGUGUUGGCCGAAAUGUAGCUGCUGCACUGAUCAAUUUGGGAAUUAAGAAAACGCGAUUGUUAUCCGUUGUUGGAGACGACGCUGCAGGGAAGACUUUAAGAGAAAGUCUUAGAGGCGGGGAUGAAAUGGUUGAAGUUCUCAAAGAUGUUAACACUGCAAGAUAUAUGGCGCUGGUCGACAUCCACGGAGAAUGUCAAUUUGGGGUUGGUGAAAUGAUGGCUCAUAAAAAAAUUAGUCCAAGCCUCAUACGAAAAUAUAAGUCCCAGCUGGGAAAGGCAACUAUACUUGUAUUGGAUGGGAAUCUCCCUUUGGAAACAUUAUCAGAAGUCUUCAAUAUCUCUGCCCAAUUCAAUAUUCCAGUGUGGUACGAACCAACAGACGCGAGGAAGGCAACAAAGAUUUUUCAAAAUAACGAACACUGGAAAAGUCUGCUACACUUUGUUUCCCCCAACCAAAAUGAGUUGUUGGCCAUUGCUAGAUACUUGGAAAUUCCUGUACCUAGUGACUCUUCAAGUCUUAAUAUAGACACAGUUAAGAAUAUUACUGAGAAGGUGGCGGAACACAUUCCAGUUGUUUUGACAACACUUGGGUCUCAAGGGCUUCUGGUAUCUAGAAAAGCAACAAAUACAGAUCCCUUUUACGAUGAGAAUGGCCACCUUGUGCUACAAGAGACCAAAGUUCAAACACGACUAUAUUCUGCUAUUUCUCCAUCUGGAGGUAACCAAAAAAACAUAGUUAGUGUCAGUGGCUGCGGAGAUUGUCUUGCUGCAGGCGUAAUUUUUGGUAUUGAACAAGGAUGGGGUGAAGCCAAGUGCUUGAAACUAGCCCUCCAAGCUGCAUCGCUCUCUCUUGUAUCCCACGAUUCUGUUCCAGCAACACUUUCAACCAUUGCCAUGUCGUUGAAAUCUAGUUGAUGCAUCAAUAGAACCCCCAAUGAAUUCUGCGUAUGUGAGAUGGCAAAUCUUUUGUAUUUUUUAAAUGAUCUACGGAUUUUUAUGGCAUCUUUCGAAUAGGCGUGGCUUGAAUAUCAGUCCUCUGGUGGCUAAAAUAUGAAAUACUACAGAUAGGCUCCUACGAAUGUUUACGACUAUUCCUCCGUAGUUUAAAUGGUAUUUUUACUUAUUGUUAGACAGAUCUAUUCAUGUUUCAAUAACUACGAAUUAAACAAUGCGUGUGUCAAUUCAAGAAAUUUGUCCUUUCGUCAAUGUAACACCUCAAAGCAGGAAUUUUACGGGCGGUGAGAACAUCAUUAAUAGGGCUCUUGUUAAACUGCGGUAAGGUUACUACAAUACCUAAUUGCUUGAUCCAUUUCUCGAUUUUCAAAAGCUUACCUAUUUUUCUAAAUUUAACCUAUGCAUUUAAACGAUCGAGUUCUUCUUAUUUGUAACAAUGACUACACUUUCAUUUUUUCGAGGAAAAUUGAAAAAACGCACCGUAUCAUUUUUGCACUGAACUCUAUACUAAACUGGAACGCGCGCGAGCCUAUAUUUCGUGUAGCGACCUACGGUGAGAGAGAGAUAGUUGUAUUUGGUGUCGAACGCACUUGUCUAAUAUAUAGGAACUAUCUUACAUAAAAACAUUGACUAUCAGAGCAGAAAAUGGUGUUUAACACUCAUGUAAAUACUGAACUUUAGAGUUUAAUUUAAAAAAAUUGAUUGCCAAAUUUACUGGGAAAGUGGUACGAGAAUCGACGAGAUUGCUUCAAUGAUACAAUGAUUGAAGAUACAAUGUUAAUUUUUCGAUUUUUUAUGGCUAAAAAUAGCGUAGACCCCACUUGUAAAUAAUUACCGAAAAUCUAUGAAAUCUACAAUCUAUUUCUAUGAUCACUAAAGCUCGGUGCACACGACGCUUUUUUUGCGGCUGGAUUGCUUGCUAGAUUUGCCGCUGGGAUCGAAGUUGGCAGCGGUGCUGAUUGUGAGUGCUAUGACGUUGAGUGUAGAUGCUAUGAUGACUUCCCUGCGAGAUUGGCUUCACACUGCUUGCCGUUAUGCGCGUUGGCUGUGCUGUGGCUAUUAAACUGAUUCCUUAAGCUGUGGAAUUUGUUUGAACAGUCUUUUGCCGUCAAACACUGCUCUUCUUUGUAUGCGUGUAUUAGGACGUUUAUUUGCUCCGAAGACUACUUUGGAGCCAUUGAUUAAUAUUUCAAUUAACGAAAAACCGCGAAAAAUAUUAUGAUCUUUUCACUUUACGAGUAUCACACAGUGUAAACAUUCCUGUCGUAAGCGACCAAUCCGGGCUCAGGGAUACACCAGAAAUGUUUACAAUGGAAAGCUGCCAUUCAAUCUCGCAAGCAAGCCAUAAAAGAAAAUAGCAACACAAUCUAUCACCGAAAUCUAGCACGCGAGCACGCUUCGGAGCCAGCAGUGACGUCACUUUCUUGCCGCGCAGCCAGCAGAGUAGCCAUCCUGGGUCCUCGCAAGCAAUCCAGCAGCAAAACAAGCGUCGUGUGCACCGGGCUUUACAACCAUACACAUAACAAUAUAUUACUUUUACUAGGUGUUGAUGGGAAUUUCGUUUUGAUAGAUUAAAAAUGUUCCUAUAAGUUGACGAAAAUAAUUUUGAGCUUUAUAAAAAUACAAUAAUUAUGAAAACAGUUGAAA